UCCACCAACUGCUCACAACUUCACUGGACAGCGCCGAGGUGCUGAAACUACUUCAAUACUGCGGCGGUUUCUCCCCGCGAACCAAGGGCAGGCAACGUGCAAGUACGAGACAGACCAACAUGGAGAGGAUUUCUUUGAAACUUUUCUUUAUUUCCUUCUUGUUUUUGGAGGGUUCUACUCAAGAUUUUGGACAAACGCAAUUCAUCUGCACGUCUGUGCCCAAGGAUAUGGACUUGUGUACGGCAACCAUGCAAAACAACGGACCGGCCGAGGAUUUGAAGACCACGGUAAUGCAGCUAAGGGAAACUGUGCUUCAGCAAAAAGAAACCAUCAUGAACCAGAAAGAGACGAUCAGAGAACUAACAUCAAAGUUAAUUCGGUGUGAGAGCCAGGUCGGUCCUGACUUGGGAGACUCAAAAGCCGGAGGCAGGAGAAAGGAAACUGGCUCCAAAAACACCAUGGGCGAUGUGUCAAGGGGUCCGACGGAUACGCUCGCCCAACUAGGGCAGACAUUACAGACCCUUAAACAGAGGCUUGAAAACCUCGAGCAGUUCAGCAGAAACAACAAUUCUGCCCAGACUAACAGUCUCAAAGACUUACUACAAAAUAAAAUCGAUGAUAUGGAGAAACAGGUUCUGUCUAGGGUUAAUACUAUGGAGGAGAGCAAACUCGGUCAGAAGAACGAGACGGAGCAGCGCGGCAGAGUUGAAUCGACUCUCACUUCGCUCCACCAUAGAAUCACCGACCUGGAAAAAGGUCAGAAAGACAACAGACCCCUCGAUAAGUUCCAGCUGACAUUUCCUCUGCGAACUAAUUACAUGUAUGCCAAAGUUAAAAAAAGUCUACCGGAGAUGUACGCUUUCACCGUAUGCAUGUGGAUCAAAUCAAACGCGUCUCCGGGGGUGGGCACCCCAUUCUCCUACGCGGUGCCCGGCCAAGCGAACGAGCUGGUGCUGAUUGAAUGGGGGAAUAACCCAAUGGAGAUACUCAUAAAUGAUAAGGUCGCCAAGUUGCCGUUUCUUAUCAACGAUGGAAAAUGGCAUCAUAUCUGCGUCACCUGGACAACACGUGACGGCGUGUGGGAGGCCUUCCAGGACGGCGUGAUGAGAGGAAACGGGGAAAACCUGGCUCCUUACCACCCCAUUAAACCGCAAGGGGAUCUGGUACUGGGGCAAGAACAGGACACACUCGGAGGAGGUUUUGAUGCAACGCAAGCGUUCGUAGGCGAGCUGGCGAAUUUUAAUAUAUGGGAUAAGAAGCUUUCAGCCGGAGAGAUUUACAACCUGGCGACGUGCAGCAGCAAAGCGCUGGUGGGCAACGUCUUUGCCUGGUCGGAGACCAGCAUUGAAUUGUACGGAGGGGCCUCCAAGUGGACAUUCGAGCCCUGUCGUCAGCUCAGCUAAAUGCGUAAAGAAGAAAAAAAAAUCCAAGAAAUGCGUUAUUUCCAAGAUUAUGUCGUUCUAGUCUUCAUUUAAAAUUUGGAGGAAAAGAUAUUCUUUGAAAAUAAGCGCACAACUGGGAUUUAUAUAAAUAUUUAAAUAUGUGCAAACACUAACGAUGUUUUUGUUUUUUUGGUCUUGAGAAAUCAGUUUUAUUUCAUUCGUCUUGGAAACUUCAGUGGGACGGUGUUGGUAUUGGCAUUUUUUUUUGUUUGUUUUCCAAUGGAGUUAUGUUCGCAAGCGCAGUGUUUUAUCGGGGCCACCAGAGCGUUUCGUGUUUAUUUCACCGCUGGAGUGGCAGCUGGUCAGUGUUUUCCUCCUGCGAUGCAGGUACUCAGACAGCACAGUCCGGACGGACACUGUGUACCUCGAACCACGAGGAUGCAGUGAUCCUUUAUUAAGAAGCCAGAUUACAUUACUAUACAUUAAAUCAAUCUUCACAUAUAGACAUACACACACUACACACGCACAUGCGCACUGUGUUGCACUGUGACUGAAACGUGAACCAGAAAACAAGCGAUAUGUAAAAAACAAAUCAAAGACAGACUGGGAACUACUGUUACCGUCAUUGUUUGCUUCAAGUGUUUAUGUAAGAAUGUCGUUAUUUGCCAACAUGUUACAAGCCUGGGUGCCUUGGGCUGGUGCGGAAAUUCAGCACAUUCGUUAUAGUUUGCAAAUUAUUUGUAUUUAUUUCGGAAGAGUAAAAAAAAAAAAGAAUAAAUGUACUUAAAAGCAAUUUGUUAAAAGACAUGACUUGUUUUGGCAGGUGUUUGUAUUCUGUAUUAGGAAUGUUAUCUGUACAGUGACAGCAUGGAUGACAAAAUGCUGCAACGAAAUUGACAAAAUCUGCUUUUAUUAUCAUUAUGGGUUGGGGUUUUUUACUGUAUUGU